CAAAAGGUAGCUAAACUACCAUUCAAACAAAGAGACUACCAGUUUUGAACUGAUGGCGGACCUAAACACAUUACCUGACUCUGUGAUAGUCCAUAUUUUAUCAUUUUUACGAUAUCCAAACCUAGUUUCAACAAGCGGUGUUUGUAAAAGAUGGCGAAGGUUGUGUUUUGAUUCAAGUUUAUGGCGAAAACUCUGGUUUUAUCCGAGUCACGCAUCAAAGGUUUCAAGAGAACUUGUGCGCAAACUUGUUCCAAGAAGGAGCAGUUACAUCUUCAGUAUUGAUUUGGAGGGCUGUUCACAAAUCAAUGACGAAUCGAUCAAAUUUCUCGYUAGACGUUGCCCAAAUUUGAAGAAACUGUCGAUCAAAACCUGUCAUCUGGUAACAGACCAAGGGAUCAUUGCGAUCGCACAAAAUUGUUUCAAAUUGUUGUCAGUGAAGUUCCCAAUGGACAAUGUUACUUCAAAAGGGCUGGUGGCCGUUGUAAAAAAUAACCCKCACUUGAAAAGAAUUUUUGCUUUUUCAAGAGCUGUAACACAGAAGUCUAUGGACGCUAUUUCRGCAAAUUGUGCUGAUUUAGAAACUUUGAUUGUUUACGAAUCUUGUUUGAAAGAGCACGAAAAUAGCUCUAUUGAUGUUAUUACGGACAAUAUGUUAAUCACCCUGGCCAAAGGAUGCGGAAAACUCAAAGAACUGACACUACGCUACAAUCAAAUACUUCUAAGUGAUCUUUCUUUAGUGUGUUUGGCAAAAAAAUGCAGACAGCUAGAGCAAUUUGURAUUGACUAUUGUGACCUUGACUACAAAAUAACUGACAUUGGUUUGAUUGCAUUAGCCAACUUCUGCAAUGUCAAAUGUUUGCAUAUAUCAAAUGGGCAGAUAUCCGACCACUCCUUACUAGCAAUUUCUGAAAGAAUACCAGACAUUGGUGACCUUUCUUUGGAGUUUUCAAAAGUCAGUGACAUUGGUGUGUUUAAACUGAUGCAAAAGUGCCAAAAGCUUGAAUCUUUAGUGAUUCAUAGUGCUGACAACCAAGACAGAAGAAUCACUGACAUUAGUGCCUACGCCAUUGGUACCUACGCUUCAGAGGACUUUAGAAUGCUUGGAAUUGGGUUUGCAGAUAUAUCAGACAGAGGGCUAAAAUUUAUCUGUGAAAACACGGACCUUUCCUCUCUUUCUGUUAGUGGAUGCUCUAAGCUUUCAUUUGUCGGGUUAAAGGCUUGUUUUGACGACCUUAGUGGGUUGAUGAGCUUGGAUAUUUCUUUCACAGACAUAAUMCAGAAUGACAUGCACUURCUAGAGGUUGGAGAGUCAUUGCCGUGGUUGGAUACCAUAGACUUGACCGACUGCUUUGCAAUCAGUAAAGAAUGCAUCAGAGUUUUCAAAGAAAAGUUUCCAUUCUGCAAAGUCAUAACAUGAAUAGAAUGUUUAUUCAAUAAGUUAUUAUAUCGUUUAUUUAAACUCGGGUCUACCAACGAAAAACACUACUAAACUAAGAACUUUAACAAAAUAUAAUUUAAACCGCAAACCAAAAUUUUCAGCAUUGAUAUACAUAAUUAUCAGUUCUGUUCAAUAAUUAAUUUGAAUUUUCAAUAUAACAAGCUACAAACCAAAGAUCAAAAUAUUCUGAAUUAUUUAAUUCCUUAUAGUGCAGUUUUGUACAAUAAACAUACUUAAUAAAUUUUUGAAUUGAA